CGUUGACCGAAGCUUUUCCGCUGUAUGAGCUUUCUCGGCCAGCACUGAAACUAGGCAUUAUCCGUCGAUCAGUUGCUCCAUUAACAACGUUACGUACGGACGACUGGCCUCGCGUUAAUCAUCUGGCGUUGCUUGUCGUGCUGUUUAAGCCCAAACAAAUAUACAUAUACCUAUCGGGAAGUGAUUAGAGAGCAGCCUUAGAGCAGCAGCUGAAUCUAAAAAAUGAUGUCCAAGAGAUUUUUGGCUCAAAACGGUCGGGUUAUCCCGCGCUUCUUGGUUCGCAGGAACUCCAACUCAAGCACAACGCCAGCCGCAACGAACCAUGCGCAGAGUGAAAUGCCAGAGUGCGAUCAUCGUCCGGGAGCCUACGAUGGAUCCAGCUACGAGAAGAUCCUGGAAACAAGGCGCAACCACCUGACCCCCAAUCUGCUAGCGCACUUCAAAAAGCCACUGGUGAUCCACGCAGGACACAUGCAAUGGCUGUUUGACCACGAGGGACGGCGAUAUCUGGACAUGUUUGGAGGAAUAGUUACAGUGUCCGUGGGACAUUGUCAUCCGAAGGUUAACCGGGCACUGAGCGACCAGAUCGCCAAGCUGUGGCACACGACGAACAUCUACAUGCAUCCCAAGAUCCACGAGUACGCCGAGCGACUGGUGGCCAAGUUCCCAGGAAACCUGAAGAGCGUCUGCUUCGUGAACUCCGGCUCGGAGGCCAACGACCUGGCCAUGCUGAUGGCGCGCAUGCACACGGGCCACCAGGACAUUCUCUCGCUGCGCAACGCCUACCACGGCAUGUCGCCGUACACCAUGGGCCUCACGGCCCACUCCACCUGGCGCUUUCCGCUGCCGGGGGUGAACAACGGACUCGUGCACGUGAUGAACCCCGAUCCCUACCAGGGCCUCUGGGGCGGCUCCGCCUGCCGGGACUCGCCGGUGCAGACGUCGCGCGAAUGCCAGUGCCAGGAGGGCUGCCAGGCGGGAGACGCCUACUACAAGGAGCUGGAGGAAACCUUCAAGUACUCGCUGCCGCGCGGCAAGGUAGCGGCCAUGUUCGCCGAGUCCAUCCAGGGGGUCGGUGGCACGGUCCAGUUUCCCAAAGGCUACCUCAAGCGCGCUGCUGCGCUGGUCAGGGCAAACGGAGGGCUCUUCGUGGCCGACGAGGUGCAGACGGGCUUCGGGCGCACCGGCGAGCACUUCUGGGGCUUUGAGGGCCACGACUACGUGCCCGACGUGGUCACCAUGGCGAAGGGCAUAGGCAACGGGUUCCCGCUGGCCGCGGUGGUCACCACGCCGGAGAUCGCCGCCUCGCUGGGCCAGGCGCUGCACUUCAACACCUACGGCGGCAACCCCAUGGCCAGCGCUGUGGGCAUCGCCGUGCUGGACGUGAUCGAGGAGGAGCAGCUGCAGCGCAACGCCCUGGAGGUGGGCACCUACUUCCUCCACGAGCUGGCCGCGCUGCAGCAGCGCUUCGAGAUAGUGGGCGAUGUGCGGGGCAAGGGGCUGAUGAUCGGAGUGGAGCUGGUGGGCAACCGCGAGUUGCGCACCCCACUGGCCACGCCGCACAUCUUGGAGAUCUGGGAGAAGUGCAAGGACCUGGGCGUGCUCUUCGGACGCGGCGGCCUUCACGGAAACGUUCUGCGCAUCAAGCCUCCCAUGUGCAUAAAUCGGGCUGACGCGAAGUUCGCCGUGGAUGUUCUGGCCCGGGCCAUCACGGAGUCCCUGCCGAAGGAUAAUUAGCGGAGGUGCAAGAAAGAAAGCGCUGGUUGGACGGUUUCCGAUGCAUUUAUUAGUCGAUUCGGUUCGGAACCUCCUGGAGUAGUGAUAAUGAAGUGACUGCAAGGAAUCUUGGUUGUUCAAUAUCUAAAGAAUUAUCAAUUAAAUUUUUUCAAGAA